AUGGCUUUGUGCGUUGUCAUAUGUCCUCGAGUGCAAGCCCAAUUCCAACCCGGCCGCGAAUGCUUCUGCAGAGCCGAUGAAGCAGUCGAUGAUUGCGGAUGCACAGAGGACAGCGUUGAUCAUUUCAAUAACUACAAAGUGAUCCCUAUACUGCAGAAGCUCCUAUCUCGAGAUUUCUUCAGAUUUUAUAAGGUGAAUAUGGAAAAAAUGUGUCCAUUUUGGCCGGAUGAUCGUCAGUGCGCGAGUAAAGAGUGCGGAAUUGGCUAUUGUGACGAUGAAGUUCCAUGGGCUCUAAAGCAGCCGGCGAGCAUUUCAGUGGUUCGUUUAGCGCCCAAUCGAACUUCUUCGUCGGCAAAAAAACAUUCUGCUGUUCCUCAGAUUGGCGGAAGCGACACAGGUUGCGAGGAGGAAAGCAAUACGUUUGAUCCACUGGAUACAACGCUCACCGAGGGCGACCGGCGACAGCUCAGCGAUAUGGACUGGCAUGACGAGAAUGAGGACAAAUUUUGCGAUUACGAAGGUAAUGAAAUUCCAGUUCGAUUUUGA